CGUCAACGCAUCCCACGAGUCCACCACCACCCGGACGCAACCACCUUGAAUAAUAUCUGAAAAGCCGUAAAAUAUCCUUAGCAGAACAUCAUUACUGCAACAGCCAAAAUCUGGGGAGCUUCCCAGGCGGAGCUAAUGACCCGGCCCGACACAGUCCGUUCCAUUCUUUGUGAAGAGCCAUGGAUUUGGAAUGACGGGUCGAGUGAGAUUACAUUUCACGAAGAUGGAACAGGAAAGCUGUUUUGCUCUACCGAGUACACUUGUUGGAUUUUCGCCGAAUUUGACUGGAAACCGCAUGAUUCUGCGUAUCUCGAUCGGACCAUUGAGAAUUCCAAGAUAAUCGGUCACUUUACCAUCGAGAUGACCCUCACAAAGCGACGACCGCACGAUAUCUGGUACAAAGGGAAAGUCAAUGAAAGUUGGCUAAACGAAGGGGCAUUUUGCGCAAAAACGUAUCAUAUAACAAUUGAGCACGGGCGCUUUAGGAACCAAUUCGACGUCAAGCAUAAGGUUUUGGAUGGCUCACUAUAUGCGCUGCGCAUAGUUUUUGAUCCCUCGCCGUUUCCGCCGGACGAGGAGUGGAAUGACGAAAGUUACGGACCCCAUGCGAUGAGACUCUGGGAGUGUACAGAAUUUAACGCUAGAAGAUAUCUCAACGAAAGACUGAACCUAUGGGAAAAACUGAUGGCUUGGUGCAAUGAUUGGAUGAGGUGA